AUGGAAAUCCAUGUGGCCAAGAAACUUGGAUCGAAACACUUACGAUUGUUCACCAACAGAGGCAACUCCGUUGGUGCAGGGUCAAAGACGGAUGAAAGUGCAACGGUGGAUGCCCCCGAAGGCUAUCAGUUCAGUGGGUUUUUCGGUCGAGCAGGGACGGAAGUGUACGAAUUGGGUGCAAUUUGGACCAGGAUCAAUGCUACACAUUUGUACCUCACAGACGAUAUGGGUUCAGAAUGGUAUGGCAAGAAGAUGAGGAACUGGGUGGGUCCCACCAUCGAUGAAUCGACUGUGGUCGAAAUCCAGGACUUCCUCGACUCCAACACGACGUGUGGAUUCCAGCUUAAAACUCUCACAGACCGUGUCAGCACUACCAUUCAAAGUAUCCGCAACGCAACACCCAGUGCCACAAGCGAAGAUAUCCGAGUGACAAUGAUCAGAUCUUCGCUCGUUCUAACCGAUGUGGCUUUCGUUACCAAUAAUUGUAUGGGUGAAAUUCUGCGCAACAAAACCACUGAGAGUGCUUUCCAGACGCGAGACUUACUACGCAAGACCAUGGGGGUUAUUAUUGAUCAGUUGAUUGAGACGAACACAACCAAUAUGGGAGUCUCCGUUGCCAAAGAUGAUGCCACACUCGAAUCAGCAAACCUUGGACUUGUGCCAUUUGAGACGGUACCUGCAAUUACGACACCGGACACAAGGCACGGACGCCCACAGGGCUUUGCCGACAGAGUCUUGGCGACUAGAAAAAAAGCGGCGCGUGUGGCGAAACAUACUCUUUUCCACCAUCGCCAGCGUAUGCUGCCUAUUCACCUUGAAACCGUGUUGUUCCUGAAGAUGAAUCGGCGUUUCUGGGACGCAAACACUGUAGCAGCUAUCGUGAACGCAAAGAAGCUAUGGAGCCUGGACAAAGGAGGGCGAUGGGAUGGUGAACAUCAUAGUAAAUUUGCAGAAGUCAAAGUGGCAUCGCGCGAGACGGUCACGUGGAAUGCCACAAUUGCCGAGCUGCAAGACAAGACACUGUACCUGGAUCGAUGGAGACCAGAUUUUAUUGGAAUUCCAGGGUCGGAUGGGGGCUCACUGAUGCUGUGGGUGCCGCGGUCCUCAAAAGGCGGCCACUUGGCUCUAAAUGUUCAAAUCAACGCGAGCUAA